GGGGGACGCCCGAGCAUUUACAGCAAUCAUAGUGAGAGAGAGAUAAGGAGAGAGCGAGGAAGUAAAAACUGAACUCAGUUUGAUUUUAGUCAGUUUAGUCUGGACUGAGCAGAAGGUACAUUUCUUCUUCUUUUUCUUUGAGUUUGGAAGGAUUUAUUUUAAGAGGAAGUGACAAACGCAGACAGAAAAACUCAAACAGAAAAAAAGCAGAUUCAUCCGAGGACCUCAAACACCUUCACAUCCACUCUCAGACCAGCUUCACAACUUCUUCACAGAUUCUGGACUUUUGAACAAGUUUCUGAAUCUGAACAGGUUCCAAACAGAGUUCUUCUGGAAUCGAUUCUGAAGCUACAGAAAGCUCUGGAAAUACUACUGCCUUCAGAGUUUUCUCUAAAUUUGGGAAUUGCUUUAGAAGUAGCAGUCCGUAAGAAUUUCUGGAGUUGCAGCAGCGGAUUCAGUGAAGCGUUCCAGGAUGGGACACAGAAUUCCCUCCAUGCCCUUUGGGUUCAUCCUGCUGCUGAUUGUCUGGUGUUUGUUGUUUGUUGAUCCAGCCGUCUGCGAACAUAACCUCACAUCAGAGCCAUCUUUCUCAAAUCUGGUGCUGUCUGACCUGCCAGGCUUCCACAGCACUGACCAACCUCUAGAACCAAGCUUGCAUCAUUUGCAAUAUACUCUGAAGAAGAGCGGUCACGGAAAACAGCACUUCCAAAAGCUGAAGCAACACAAAGAACAACAAAUGUCCUCCAACGCAUCUACAGUGGUUAGGUGCUCAAUCAUUGUUAAAAUGAAAGCAACCUUCAGGUACAUCAAUGCCGUGCUUUCCUGUUUGAUCUUUAUUGUGGGAGUCAUUGGCAACGCCACCCUGCUGAGGAUUAUCUCCCAAAACAAAAGCAUGAGGAAUGGACCCAACGCUCUCAUAGCCAGCCUCGCCCUCGGGGACCUGAUAUACAUCGCAAUCGUCAUGCCCAUCCAUGUCUACAAGCCCUUGGCGAUGAGGUGGCCCUUUGCUGAGAAUGACUUUGGUCUGUUCCUCUGCAAGCUGGUUCCCUUUGUGCAGAAAGCUUCAGCCGGCAUCACCGUCCUCAGCCUGUGUGCUCUGAGUGUGGACAGGUACCGUGCGGUGGCAUCCUGGUCACGGGUGCAGGGCACAGGUCUCCCCACGGUAACAGCGAUGGAGAUUGUGGUGAUCUGGGUGCUGUCGGUGGUGCUGGCUGUGCCGGAUGCCGUCACCUUCACUAUGGUCUCUUCCACAUACAACAACCAUAGCUUCAAUGUCUGCAUGUUGUCACACAGGAACACAACCUUCCUGGGAUACUACAUCAAAGCCAAGGACUGGUGGUUUUUUGGUUUCUACUUCUGCAUCCCUCUGGCCUGCUCAGCCAUUUUCUACAGCCUCAUGACCUGCGAGAUGAUCCAACACGAGAAAGAAAGUCUGAAGAUCUCGCUGACCGAGCACCUCAAGCAGCGGAGAGAAGUCGCUAAGGUCGUGUUCUGCCUGGUGCUGAUCUUCGCCUUGUGCUGGUUUCCUCUCCAUCUGGGUCGCCUGCUGAAGAAGAUCAUCUAUGAUCGAGACCUCAGUGAGCAGCGAUGUGAACUCCUGAAUUUCCUGUUGGUCCUCGACUACAUCGGCAUCAACAUGGCCACCAUCAACUCCUGCAUCAAUCCCAUAAUCCUCUUCUUUGUUUCCAAGAAGUUCAAAAACUGCUUCAAGUCCUGUCUGUGCUGCUGGUGUUACUCUGGCUCUCUCUCUAACAGCAUGCUGCCUCUCCACCACGGGACGAGCCUGCAGUACAAACACACUGACCACUGAGCGAGCAGGACACUCGCCUCCAUCUGCAGCUCUGAGCGCUGAACCAGGACGUCCAGCAGCCACACAGAGACACUGACUGUGUGUGAAAUACAGCACAGAGUACACCAGCGCGUUCAUGUGUAGUCUUUACCUUUAUUAGUACAUUUAUUCAAUUCUGUAUUAUAUUAUAUGUAUUAUAUGUGAUAUAGUUAUACUAUGUGUCAGAUCUUAUAGCUGCAGUGUAGUGAAAUUUCAAUGCUUAGUGACAAGUAAUUCCUUCAAAAAAAAAAAAGGUUUUCCUGUUUGGGUGUGGAAAAGCUUGGAUGAGGAAAGCCUCAUCCAACACCUUUGGGAUGAACUGGAAAGCCAAAUGAGUCGGAUCUCAUCACCCAAGGUCUGUGUUGGACGUCUUGUGGCUGAACAGAGUAUUACAUUAAUUAUGAUAACAUAAAUAAUGUGUUUUUGUGCCCUUUAACAGACAAAAUACACCCUUUCCCCCCCUAUGGAUAAAAGAUUUUUCUUUACAGGGAAAAGUUUCUUUCAUUUUCAUUUUAAAGAUAGAAAAGAAUAUUUCCUCUUUUGUCUUUACUGCAGAUAAGCUGUUAAAUAACAGCAAAUUCCUUUUUUUCAAUAAAGAAAAAAAUUAACGUCAUUUUCUGUUUUAUUUUAUUUGAUCCAUUUUAAAUGGCAAUAUUUUUUCUUGAUAGAAAAAUCAUCUAAAACAAGAGAUAAUUUCUUGUUUUAUUUUCAUUCUUGAUAAAAAAAAAAUCUUGUUUUUUUUUUAAUCUUUUUUCCCAUAGAUUUUGAAGUGUGUCCACAAAAGUAUAACAAUCAAAACAGUGCAUUUUCUCUGAAUUAACAGAAACUUUUCAAUUUUCUUUUAGAUCUUGAGAUGUGUCUGAGUUGCAAGCAGCCAUUUUUUUCUUUUUUCUUUUAGUUUUAUGGCAUUGAGGGACGCCUUUGUAUGUAUUGUAUUUACUAUUGUUUAAUUAUGUAAAAUAAUAUUCAGUUAGUGCAAACAGAAACAAUUGUGAUGUCAAAUGGUACAAUAGCAUCCUCUAGAGGCUGAAAUCUUGCAUCACAUCGCACAACAUCAAACUUGUGACAGUAAAUGCAAACAUCAGGGUCUUUCUGCUCUCGCAGCUGAAGCUGAAAUUUAAAUGAAGUGAAAUAUAAAACCUGCGUGCGCUGCAGCACAGAUCAGACAAACAACCUGACUUCCACUAAAGUCUCUAAACAUGUCAGCACAUGGACUGAAGUUACUAACGUCGAACUAUUCAUCUGUUUUAUAUCACUACUUACUGUGACUUGUUUAAUAAGUAUUACACGUGUUUGUUAAUAAAAGUAUAUUCUCAACAUGCUCA